AUGACUCGAGGCUUUGCCACCAUCACACCUGAGUGUCAGGAAAAGUUUGACACCCUCAAGGAAACCGACAUCCUGGACUACAUCGUCUUUGCCCCCGACUGGCACAAGAAAGAAAUCACCGUGGCCGAGUCUGGAAAAUCGGACAGUCACGAUGAAAUUGUGUCCCUCUUGACCCCUGCUCACCCUCGCUACAUGGUCACAAAGUUCACCUACGAUUCUCCGACCGGCAAUGAGAAACGUCACAAGUUGGUCUUUAUCACGUGGGUUCCCGAAGGAGCAAACUCUCAUGACAAUUCAUACUGCACCAAUAACAAAGAUCAUCUCUAUCGAUCCCUGGAUGACCUGAGCCUACAUGUGCAGGCUUCAAAGCCUGAGCAUCUUGCCCAUGCUGCGAUUCUCAAGCAAUUCAAGGUCUUGUAA